GAUUCAUACGUGGCACAUUUCUAGUGCAAUACCAUGUAUUUUAAUUGAAAAAUUAUCCCUUUCACAACAUUUCUGCGUAUAGUACAAUGCUUUUUAUUUUGAAGUUCCAAGUUUGAUUCUGUUGAUAUGAUAUGAGUGUGCCUUGAAUUCCUCAAACCCAACCAAAGAAAGGACAAUGUAACCAAGCAUUUCAACAAGAAAAUCUUAGAUAUCAUCGUCAGCAGCUCCGGCCGAAACCCAGAAAUUUUACCACCCUCUUCUCACCUACCUCCUCGUCCAUGACGAAUUACCUUUCUCUAGUGAUCUCCACCCCCUCCUAUAUCUUCAUCUCCCCUUCACACUAAACAAUUCCCUCACCCCUACACACAAAACCAUAAUACAACCCAUGGCAUCCCUUUCAUCCCAGCCCCCUUCUCCUUGUUCCCCUUACCCUUCUUCCACAACUUCUAAUAGAAUUUACUCUUCCUUCUGCACUGCAAAAAUCUCCAACUGGAUUGAAUGUUACAACCCAUCAAACAAUUUAUGGGAUCGUAUCACCACCAUCCCUGGCCUUAUUGAGAACCGGGUUUUAAAGGGUUUUUCAAUGGUCUCCAUUGGUCACUGCAUUUACAUUAUCGGCGGCCGGCUUUGUCAAAAAUUGUCGGGCCAUGAACCUGACGAAAUCUUUGAGGUUAAUGUUGAAGUUCUACAAAGGGUUCUUCGUUAUGAUGUUGUUAAUGAUGUUUGGUCAAAAUGCGCUUCAUUACGUGUCCCCAGGUUUGACUUUGCUUGCACCGUGUGCGAUGACAAAAUCUACGUGGCAGGAGGACAGUCAAAGUUGUCAUGCGCACGUGGUACUGCUUCUGCUGAGGUGUACGACCCAGCCCUUGAUGAAUGGAAAUUUUUGCCUAACAUGAACACGUUGAGAUACAAAUGCGUGGCCGUCACAUGGCAAGGGAAGAUCCACGUGGUAGGUGGGUUUGCUGAGAACAGAGAUUCCGAUCGUAAAGUUACAUCAUGGAGAGCGAUGGAGCGGAGCUCUGCUGAGGUGUACGACUGGGAGAAUACCAAGUGGGAGUUGAUCAGAGGGAUGUGGCAAUUAGACGUCCCUCCCAAUCAAAUCGUGGCCGUCGGCGACCAACUUUUCAGCUCGGGUGAUUGCUUAAAUGCAUGGAAAGGACACAUUGACGCAUUUGAUGGGAACCUUAACAUAUGGAACGAGGUAGAUGGAUCACAUUUAGAAACGCUGUCGUCUCCAAUAUCAACAUCAGUAGCAAAUUGGCAACCAGGCAAAAGGCUAUACCUGACGAUGGCUCCAAUUGGGGCACAGUUAUACUUCUUGGCAGGUUACAGGAUGCCAGGGGAGAUAUCGAGAUCCACGUGUAAUGUGCACGUGUUUGAUACAUCAGCAGAUGGUGAUGCGUGGACAAGCUUGGAGCCAAUAGAAGAGGAAGGAGAGAAAGAGCUUUGCGGCCACUGCUGUGCCCUUAGUCAGCCACAGAUGUAGACAAGUUUUCCGUUUGUUUUUGGCCAAGGACUAUUU